GGCGCACAACCGACCCAGGCUGUCACGUGAGGGCGGCCUGCCGGUCAUGUGACCGCGCCCGCCGCCCAGCAGAGAUGAGCGCCCGAGCCUGGCCGGCCCUGCCCUGGGCCCUGACCCUGCUGCUGGCGCUGGGGCUGCGCAGCCCGGAGGCCAGGGCCCACAGAGUCACGGAGGGCGACUUUCGGGAGGGCUACUUUGAGCAGCUUCUGGACCAUUUCAACUUCGAGCGCUUCGGCAACAAGACCUUCCUCCAGCGGUUCCUGGUGUCAGAGAGGUUCUGGAAAAGGGGCACGGGGCCCACAUUCUUCUACACGGGCAAUGAGGGGAACGUGUGGUCCUUCGCCAACAACUCGGGGUUCAUCCAGGAGUUGGCGGCGCAGCAGGAGGCCCUGGUCAUCUUCGCGGAGCACUCCACGCGGCCCGGGCACACGGAGCUGCUGACGGUGGAGCAGGCCCUGGCCGACUUCGCGAGGCUGCUCAGCGCCCUGCGGCGGGACCUCGGGGCCCAGGACAGCCCGGCCAUCGCCUUCGGUGGCAGCUACGGGGGGAUGCUCAGCGCCUACAUGAGGAUCAAGUACCCCCAUCUCGUGGCCGGCGCCCUCGCGGCCAGCGCGCCUGUUGUGGCUGUGGCCGGCCUCGGUGACUCCUACCAGUUCUUCCGGGACGUCUCGGCGGACUUUGAGGGCCAGAGUCCCAAGUGUGCCCAGGGCGUGCGGGACGCGUUCCGGCAGAUCCAGGACUUGUUCUUACGGGGAGCCUAUGACACGGUCAGCCGGGAGUUCGGCACCUGCCAGCCACUGUCCGGCCCAGAGGACCUGACCCAGCUCUUUGGGUUUGCCCGGAAUGCCUUCACCGUGCUGGCCAUGAUGGACUACCCGUACCCCACCGACUUCAUCGGGCACCUUCCCGCCAACCCAGUCAAGGUUGGCUGUGACCGGCUGCUGAGUGAGAACCAGAGGGUCAAGGGGCUGCGAGCACUGGCUGGGCUGGUGUACAACUCCUCGGGCACAGCCCCCUGUUACGACAUCUACCUGCAGUACCAGGCCUGUGCAGACCCCACAGGCUGCGGCUCCGGCCCCGACGCCAGGGCCUGGGAUUACCAGGCCUGCACCGAGAUCAACCUGACGUUUUCCAGCAACAACGUGACGGACCUCUUCCCUGACCUGCCCUUCACGGAGGCCCACCGCCGGAAGUACUGCCUGGACACGUGGGGCGUGUGGCCUCGGAGGGACUGGCUGCAGAUCAGUUUCGGGGGGGACGACCUCAAAGCUGCCAGCAACAUCCUCUUCUCCAACGGUGACCUGGACCCCUGGGCAGGGGGCGGGAUCCGGCGUAACCUGAGCACGUCGGUCCUCGCCAUCACCAUCCGGGGGGGAGCCCAUCACCUAGACCUCAGAGCGUCUCGCCCCGAAGACCCUGCGUCUGUCCGGGAGGCUCGCGAGUUCGAGGCCAGGCUCGUCCGCGAGUGGGUGGAAGCGGCCAGACGCACACAGUGACUGCGGCUGGCCCAGCGUGGGGACUCGGAGGCUGAGGAGCGCUCCCCAACCCAGGACCAGGGAGGGCUAGAUGGGAGCAUCUCGAGGGUCUAGGGGUGAGCAGCUGUGGCCAAGGGAGGGGCUGAAGAAGCCUCGGGAGGCCUGGCCAAGAGCGGCGUGGGCUGUGGGAGCAGCCACGGUGAACACACCGCAUGGCCUCCCAAACCAGCCACACGUUUAAUAAAACAGAGCUCUCAA